AUGGCGCCUUUCACUAUCCUUCUAGUUGGCCGCGGGGGUCGGGAGAGCGCUUUUGCUUACAAGCUGAGCCAAUCCAAGUAUGUCACGAAAAUUUACGUAGGACCUGGAAAUGGCGGGACUGCUCAGGGUAUUGAUAAGGUUUCAAAUCUGCCUGGGGUCUCUGAAGAGGACUUUGAUAGGCUUGUUGAGCUAUCAAAGAAGCUGCAGGUCAAUCUGGUGGUCCCUGGACCUGAUGUUCCCGUUGUCAAUGGUAUUCAAAGCUGGUUCCAUAAUGGUAAGUUGCUGGUAUUCCAUGCUUCGCGCCUACGAAAGAGGUUGCUGAGUUGGAAGGCUCGAAAGCCUUUUUCGAAAGACUUUAUGGCACGUCAUAACAUUCCAACUGCUGCAUACCGCAACUUCACUAGCUAUGAUACUGCAAAGCAGUACUUGGAGUCCAUCGACUUCAAAGUCGUGCUCAAAGCUUCUGGACUCGCUGCUGGCAAAGGCGUGAUAAUUCCGGACACCAAAGACGAGGGGCUGACAGCCUUGAAACAAAUCAUGUGCGAGCAUGAAUUCGGCGACGCUGGCAACGAAAUAGUCAUCGAAGAAUUCUUGGAGGGCGACGAGUUGAGCAUCCUGACAUUUAGUGAUGGUAUAACUUUCAAGUCAAUGCCUCCAGCCCAAGACCACAAGAGAAUUUUUGACCAUGAUCAAGGUCCAAAUACUGGUGGCAUGGGAUGUUAUGCGCCUACAAGAAUCGCUUCUGCUGCAGUGUUGGAAGAGAUUGAAAAGUCUAUCCUUCAACCAACAUUUGAGGGCCUUCGCCAGGAGGGUAAGCCAUUUGUGGGUAUGCUAUUUACUGGCAUCAUGCUCACGAAGUCUGGACCCAAGACUCUUGAAUACAAUGCAAGAUUUGGCGAUCCAGAGACCCAGACACUUCUUCCUCUGCUGAAGUCCGAUCUGGCAGAGAUCAUGAGUGCGUGUGUUGAAGGUCGCCUUCAUGAUACUGACAUUGUUAUGAACAAUGAGUCUUGCGCUGUGGUUAUUGUUUCCUCAGAAGGAUAUCCUGGCCCAUAUCCUAAAGGAGACCACAUCGAAAUGGAUGGACGACACGUUCAAGGCGAUGCGCGUUUCUUCUAUGCCGGAACAGCUUUGAACGAAGAUGGAUCCCUAGUCACUGCUAGUGGCCGAGUUUUGGGUGUCUCCGCAACAGCACAAACGCUUGAGGAAGCUGUUGCAAAGGCUUAUGAGGGAGUCAGGACUGUGCAAUUCAAUGGCAUGCACUAUAGAAAGGAUAUCGCAUAUCGGGCUUUCCGAUAAGCCAAUCGACACUUGGUCAAUUUUUGUUCUGUUCCUCACCGUUGUAAUGCCCGUUUACUUGGACUUGCCGCCCCACCUUGAUCGAGAAAUAUCUUACUUAGGUCUUGCAAGCAGCUUACACUUCGCACGUGAUGGCCAAUGGCUCAUGUGACACUCUUGAACAAAGUACCUGCUUCUGAGGUAUGCAGGGAUGGAACCGAGCGCAAGCAGACCUUUCCACACAGUCCACCAUGCUUCCAAGUGGAGUUAUAAUAUUGUAUGUUCCGCAU